AUGUUGUUCGCAACCUCCCUCCGCAACCGCAGUCAUGCGGUAAAAGAAAAGGCAAAGAUGCGUCUCACACAGCCGUCGAGCUGGCAGUUGCCCAAACAAAACAGCAGCAUCGCCCCAAGUUAUGUUUGGACGAAUGCGGAUAUGGAGCCCGUUCCCCCGGAGAAACGCACAUGGGGCAAAAGUGUUUUCAUCACGUACUGGUUUAGUGAUCUCGUAACGAUUUCGACCUGGAGUUCUGGCUCUGCCAUCUUGACAAUCGGUUUAACGGCAACCGAUGCCGUACUGAUCGUGCUCGUUGCGGCCCUAUGCAAUGCGGUACCAACAGUGCUCAACGGAGCGAUAGGCUCGAAUCUGCAUAUCCCUUUCCCUAUCGCAUCGCGCGCGAGUUUCGGAUACUGGUUCAGCUAUUUCGCGGUCGUCAGUCGGGGUGUCUUGGCCAUGUUCUGGUUCGGGGUACAAACAGCGAAUGGAGGUACAUGUGUUGCUGCAAUCGUCAAUUCGAUAUGGCCGAGUUUCCGUACAAUGGCAAACCAUCUUCCUGAAUCGGUUGGUCUGACCACUGCUGGGAUGAUCUCGUAUUUCCUCUACUGGCUCAUCCAAUUCCCGUUCCUGCUCAUUCCUACCCAUAAACUACAAUACAUGUUCUGGGUUAAGACAGUAUUGCUGCCGCCAGUGGCCAUCGGCAUGACCAUCUGGGUAGCUGUCCGAGCUGGCGGAAAUGGCACUUUCUUCACGCGUCCACCGGCUGUGCAUGGCUCGGAGCGAGCUUGGUUGUGGUUGUCGAGCAUGACUAGCAUCACCGGUGGCUACAGCACACUCGCGGUGAACAUUCCCGACUUUUCCCGAUUCAGCAGAGACCCCAAAGCACAAUACUGGCAACUCCCCGUAAUUCCGUUUUUCAAAACUAUGGUCGCUCUCAUGGGUAUCGUUUCCGCGUCUGCUGCACAGGAAAUCUGGGGUAAGGCCUAUUGGACACCGCUUCAGAUCAUCGAUACUUGGAUGAACACACCAGGCGGUCGAGCAGCAGCGUUCUUUUGCGCCUCUAUCUGGUUGAUUGGUCAACUGAGUGUGAACAUUAGCGCAAAUGCCGUGUCCUUUGCCAACGAUGUCACAACGCUAGCACCGAGAUAUUUCAACGUGCGACGAGGAUCAAUCUUGGUAGCCUUCAUGGGUGGUUGGGCGCUGUGUCCAUGGAUCAUCGUCGCUUCGGGAAAAGCAUUCUUGAACUUCAUGAGCGCAUACGCUAUUUUCAUGGCACCAAUGGCAGGUGUGCUGUUUACAGAUUACUGGUUGGUCAAACACAGGAAGUACAACGUCCCCGCUUUGUACGACCCGCGCGGCAUCUAUCGAUACGGUCGCUAUGGCAUCAACUGGCGGGCUGCCAUAGCAAUGUUUGUGACAAUUAUACCAUUACUACCAGGUCUAGCCAACAAGGUCAAUCCUAACCUGAGGCUUACUGAGGGUCUUCGGAAUCUUUUCACAUUCAAUUGGCUUUACGGCUUCUUUCUUUCCAUGUUCUUGUACUACUUUGCUAAUUUCUUUUUCCCUGAACGGGAUACUCUCAUUUUACAUGUCGUUACUGGUUUCGAACAUCUCGAUGGAGUCGACGUGGAAUGCGAGACGAGUAGCUAUACCAAGGAUGGAGAUAUCGAAGCGUCAAAGGGAGGUCCCGGGAUGAAAGUAUCUCUACAGCCAUAA